AUGGAGCCGUGCGAUCCGUCGGGACGCUUGACCGUCGAGGACCUGUCCGACUGCAGAAGCGACAGCAGCCACUCCGAGACGCAGCUGAGAGCGUUCCAGGAUUACGAAAGAGUGAAGGAGCUGAAUUUGUCGAUAGGCAAGUCGAAGGAGGAUCCCUCGGUGGAGCCAAAGGACUUUCAUUUGGGGUUAGACCCAGGCAGGACCUCGAUCCGUUUCGAGGAGUUCGAGAACGCCGCGAGGAACCUGCCAAUGACGCUCAGCAAGGGCAAGGAGUUCGGUUACAUCGCGAACAACCUGAACGAGAUGGCCUACCCGAUGGACAGAUCGAGCGAGAACGACGAGUCGAUGGACACGACCAGCCUCUGCAGAUCCAAGAACCCGACGGCCAAGGAUCUUAUGUUCAACUUCCGCGAGGGCAGGCAGAAGAACGCCCACGCGGCGCUGGCGCUGGACAGGUACAGCAAGGAUCUCGGUUUCGCGGUGUCCGAGAAGGACAUAAAGGACUUUGGUCUGCUGAAGAACUACAGCCUGGACCGGAUGAAGGAGUUCAGUCUGUCGUUGGACAGAACGAGGGACGGGCACAUCGGUAACUUUGCCCUCGAGAGACUCCGCGGGGGUGCUGGCAUGCUUGACAAUCCUCCGGUGUUGGAGCACAACGAGUUCAAAGGUGUUCAGGUGCAACCGCGUAGCCAGAAUCUCGAGGCCAUUGCGUUGGACCGCAUGAGACGAUCGCAUUUGUUGGGCACGGACCUGUCCGCACAGAAUCUCUCCUCUCAGCUGCCCCAUCCGCACGCCAUCACACAGAUGCAGCACUCGCAGCAACAACAGCAACAGCAGGCCAAAUCGUUCACCAUCGAUGCCAUCCUUGGACUGAGGAACAACCCCAGGGAGAAACGGGGACAGCAACAACAGUACAAGAAACAUCAGGGCCAGGAAGGAGGCGCGAAGAACGGAAGCUCGAGCUCGUGUUCCAGCGGUGGUGGGAAGCUGAAGAGGGUGCGGACGAUCUUCACCGCCGAGCAGCUGGAACGUUUGGAGGGCGAAUUCGCGCGUCAACAGUACAUGGUGGGCCCCGAGCGACUGUACCUGGCCCACGCACUCAGGCUGACGGAGGCCCAGGUGAAGGUCUGGUUCCAGAACCGACGGAUCAAGUGGCGAAAGCACCACCACGAGCAGCAGAGCCAGAGGGUGCACGAGUUCCAGCGCACGCUAUCCUCGUCCCUGGAGCACGAGGACAGCAACGAGACCGACAAAUGGUGA